AUCCCAUCAUCCUAAUUUUUCCGACUCACCAACCACUCGUUUAAAUUUCUCUCCACAAAACCAGAAACAGAGAAACAGAGAGAGAACCGAGAAACAUAAUCAUGGCUCGCUUGACGUUGGUGUCCUCGAUCAUCCUCCUGCUAUGCUCCGCCGCCGCCGCAACAAUCUUCGAGGACUCCAACCCUAUCCGGAUGGUGCCCGAUGAGCUCCGUGGCUUUGAGUCCUUUGUUCUCAGUGUCCUUGGUCACACGCGCCACGCUUUCUCCUUUGCCCGCUUUGCUUACAAGCAUGGGAAGACGUACGAGAGCGUGGAGGAGAUGAAGCUUCGGUUUCAGAUUUUUAAGGACAAUUUGGAUUUGAUCAGAUCCACUAGAAAGAAGGGAUUGCCUUACACUCUUGCUGUUAAUCAGUUUGCUGAUUGGACCUGGGAAGAGUUUCAGAAACACAGGCUGGGGGCUGCUCAAAACUGCUCUGCUACCACAAAGGGCAAUCAUCAGCUCACUGAUGUCGUCCUUCCUGAUUCGAAAGACUGGAGGGAAGUGGGCAUAGUCAGCCCAGUCAAAAAUCAGGGCUCCUGUGGAUCUUGCUGGACAUUCAGUACCACUGGAGCUCUUGAGGCAGCUUACCAUCAGGCAUUUGGGAAGGGAAUCUCCCUUUCUGAGCAGCAGCUUGUUGACUGCGCCGGAGCCUUUAAUAACUUUGGUUGCAAUGGCGGGUUGCCAUCCCAAGCCUUUGAAUACAUCAAAUAUAAUGGUGGCCUUGAUACAGAGGAGGCAUACCCUUACACAGCAAAAAAUGGUGAAUGCAAAUUCUCAUCUGAAAAUGUUGGGGUCCAAGUCGUUGACUCUGUCAACAUUACCUUGGGUGCUGAAGAUGAAUUAAAGCAUGCAGUUGCCCUGGUUCGGCCAGUUAGUGUUGCAUUUGAAGUUGUCACUAGUUUCCGAUUUUACAAGAAAGGGGUUUACACCAGUGACGUAUGUGGUAGCGCUCCCAUGGAUGUGAACCACGCUGUUCUUGCUGUUGGGUAUGGAGUUGAAAAUGGUGUUCCAUAUUGGCUCAUUAAGAACUCAUGGGGAGAAGAUUGGGGGGAUGAUGGCUACUUCAAGAUGGAGAUGGGGAAAAACAUGUGUGGUGUCGCGACAUGUGCAUCAUACCCUAUCGUUGCUUGAUCUGAUUGAAGAACUCUUUUGGAUUAGGUCGGUGCUUUGUGUUAGAGAAGCCGUCCUAGUUAUGGUCUACAAACGUUGUAGUUGGUCCAUCUCAAAGGUUGAGGUUAUGGCUUGAUGUACAAUAAGGUCUUAGACGCAUACUUAUAAAAUGCAAAUGUGUUGUUCACAACAAAAGACGUAAUGUAAAUUUUAUCUAUGAAUGAUCGUUGUGUAAUUACUUGCAAA